AUGUGCAUGUGUCCGGACCACGACUCGGGGCUGCUGCCGCGGUCCCUGGCGGUGAUCUUUAACAGCGUUGAGGGCCGUCUGUACGACCGCGGAGACCUGAAGCCACAGCGCUGCCGAGACUACAGCCGGCUCACCCCAGACCAGCUGGCAGCCGAGGCCAGCAGCAAGAGGACCCUGCUGCGGCUGCUCAAAGAGAGCGAUAAAAGUCAGACGUCUGGAAGAUCAACUUUUCUAGACGGCUCGUCCCUCAGCAGUGACAGCAGUCUGAGUAGCGUCUCCGAGGCCGACAGCUUCUGUCUGGACGUCUCCACCAACGUCCGUUUCUCUGUCUGGGUUUCUUUCUGCCAGAUAUACAACGACAACAUCCACGACCUGCUGGAACAGGUUCCUGCGGGACAUCUCAAGAGGACGGUGCUGCGUCUGUCUCAGGACGUCAAAGGAAACUCCUUCAUCAAAGGAAGCACUGCUGACGGAGUCCACCACUUCCUGUACGGACAGCCAAUCACGGCUCAGCUUGAAGACGUCUCGCCGCUCCUCUAA